UGGUAGGAAGAAAUGUCUGUUGAAUUCUCAAGAUGGCCGAAGCCACAGUCGAAAGAGCAAGUGAACGAUUUUAUUGCCAUGAGUGCAAUCGAGAAGUUUCUCUGAAUUUACCAGAUUUUACUUGUUCACAAUGCCAGGGAGAAUUUAUUGAACAGUUAAGCGACAGCAAUGAAGAAGAAGAAAGCACAGCAGAAGCUGAAAGAGACCCAGCCACCCACUUUGCAGAGUUGGUUCACAGAAGUUUGUUUGGACAACUGCCAGAUGAAGGAAGGAGACGAUCCCGUAGACCACGAACAAGAAUAAGUAUUCGUACCAAUCAGAGGCCAGGAGAAAGAGGAGAUGCUGCCAAUGCCACAACUGCUGCAGCAAUUGAUGUAAUUCUUCAAAAUCUUUUUGGUGGAUUAGCAUCACCAGGUAGUAAUACAAGUGAAGAUGGAGCAGGAACAUCUGGAAAUAUGGGAUUUCCAUUCAACUUGUUGCGUCUUCAUGGGAACCCUGCUGAUUAUGCCUGGGGUGCAGAGGGAUUGGAUUCAAUAAUAACACAGCUUCUAAACCAGAUGGAUGGAGCAGGACCACCCCCAGCAGAUUCCAAAAAGAUAGAAGAUCUUCAAAAAGUAGAAGUUACAGAAGAUUCAGCAGAGUCUGAUAAAUUUUGUGCUGUAUGCAAAGAACAGUGUUCAAAAGAUGAGGAUGUUAGGAGAUUACCCUGUAGUCAUAUAUUCCAUUUUGGUUGUAUAAAACCAUGGUUAAAAAUGCAUGAUUCUUGCCCUGUCUGCCGCUUGAGUCUCAGUAAUACCCAAACAAGAGGGUCACGAGAUAGUGAUUCAAGCACACCUGAACAGUUUCAUUUAUGAAUUAAACUGAUUUGAACUGGGAAAUCUGAAGCUUUUGAAUUUUUUUUUGUUACAAUCUAGUCUUAAGUUAUUGAGUACAUAACACAAUAGAGACAAUAUGGGAUGCUGUGAAUAUUUCCACUGUAUUUCUGUUAGAGCAACAGUUAUGCUUUUUCAUUAUAAAGUUUAUUUACAGGUCACAAUUACUGCUUUUGUUUGUAAUGAGUGUAAAUAAAAACGUGAGUAUAAGGUUAUGAAAUAUUGGAAUUUCUGGUUCGCUAGAGGCUGUCAAUUCAUGUAUGUCUGCAGACAUCACAUUAUUUUACAAGCCAAGUAACAAGCAUCCUAUUUAAAGCUCCCAAAAAUUCCUGGAAACAGAACUUUUUUUCUCCCUUGCAUUUUAAUGUCUUAUUAAUUUUCAGUAUUAGUCUAACCCUUAGCUAUAAAAAUUAUAGGGAGCUUUGAAAUACCAUUGCCUUUUGUACAUCUGCCUAUUGUUUGAGACUGUUACAUUAAAACCCAAGCCUAUUGAAUACUUGGACGCUAGUCAGGAAAUAGGGUCCAGUACACAAAGGAAAGGUACACUGGGAAGGUCUUUGUAGAAAGUAAUGACAGCAAAUAAUCCUCAUCUUCAAAGAAAAUUUUUCCUGCAGUGUCAUCUUAUUACUUAAGAAUAAUUACAGUGGGAACUUAAAUAAAACAUAAAUAUAUAUCGGAAAAGCAAAGUGAAACAAGUAAAACUAUGAGAGGAAACUUUGGUGCCCUUUUUAUGACAUUUCCCAGCUUGUUUACAAGUGAAUCUCAAUUUGAUAAAAUUCACCCAGUUUUCCUGCUUGUCCUCAAAUACUCAGAAAGUGGAUUACUAAAGGGGAGGACAUGAUGUGUUUCUAAAAAUUUCAAAGGAAAAAACAAUGUAGAUAUAUAUUCCAAGUUUUUUUCUGUUCUUCAAAAUAUUUUAAGUAACUGGUAGCUAUCUCACGCAUGUAAUUGGAUUUAACAAAGAUGUGUCAAAGGUUGAAUUACUUCAUUACAAAAUUAAAAACAAGUAAUUAGACAUAGGUGUUGCUAGUUUUCUUUUGUCAUAGAACCCAUAACUUACUCCUGAAAAGGACAAAAUUUUAAACAAUUUGCUCAAUGUUAAGGUUCGAUGAAGAUCCCGGGGUGAGGUAAAAAAAAAAUUACUUCAGAUAUUGAAAAUUUUUUGAAUUGGUUUGGAUGUUUGUACAAUAUCUAAAUGUGCACCAUAAAGUCUUGAUUUUGGAAAUUAUUUGUGGUGUUUAUUUUUGCCAAAUAUAAAAAUAAAUCUUAACACUGGUAAGUGUGAAGAAAUUUGUAUUUCCUUAUUAAAGAACUUGGUGGGGGAAUGAUGUUGAUGUCGCAAGUCCUUAUCGAUACAACUUUGAUCAAAUGAGGUUAACAUUUAUGUAGACUCCACCAUUUGCAAAUACCAAAAUUUGUAUAAUCAUCCAAAAAGAAAUUCAUUUACUUCUUCUAUUCUAAGCUAGUUUUAUUACAUCUUUCAAUUCCGAAAUAAAAUUUUGUAUUAACUGUUAAUUAGAUCAUGCUGUACUGAUGACCUAAAUAUCCUCAGAAUUUAUUGCAUGGAAACUGUAUAAGUUGAAAUCCUAGUACAUGGCACAUUUUAUAUUAGUUGUCAAACAGUUGAUAAUGUAUUGAUCAAUUUGAAGCUUCAACAUUCCUUUCCCUCUCCCCCUCCAUCAGGCACUUGAACUUUUGGAAAUUGGCUUGUUCAGAUUCCCUCUUUCCCCAGGCCAAAAUUGAAUUCAAAUGCCACACCCAAUAAUGAGUGAUGCUUUGUGUGAUCGCAAACAUAUUCCAAUUUAGCAAAGUCGUAUUAGAUUCUGGUUUUGUCAUUAAGUUUUCCAUUGUAAACAUUCAAAGAUGAAAAUAGUCUUUCUAAACCAUUCACUCACAAAAGCAGACUCCUUACCUUUAAAUCCUCUAUUAAACUUGUGUAUUAUGCUAAAGACUUGACCCUCCCAGUUCAAAUGCCCCAUCCCACCCAGCAAGGUUCAAAUGCCUCACCCACAGACACAAAUGACAGUCAAAUGCUUGUUGGUUGCCAUGGGGGUGGGGGAAGUUGAAGCUUCAAAUUGAUCAGUGCAUAACUAUCAAAACUCAUCAGUAACUCUAUCUUGGGACUACAAGAAGUAACACUAAGAAAUCAUUAUUUCAUUCACACAGAAAAUGCCUCAUAACCCAACUGCCAACAUAACAUUGUUAUGUUUCCUCAAAAAUCAGUAACAAAUUUAGCUAGCUAUGUACAAAUAGAUGAAAGAUAUACAUCAAUGUAGCUUCAGUCAAUACACAAAGUUUCAAUAAAAU